AUGAAGACCCAAACCAUCAUCAUCGCCCUCCUCGCCGCCGCCGCCGAGGCAGCCCUAGUCCGCAUGCCCAGGGCUGCCAACGCCACAGCGGGCGCGGGAGGCGCAGACUUCGGCGACUGCACGCCGACAAUGGACUUCCAGCUGGGCCGCGCCGAGUUCAACCGCAAGGCGACCGAGGGCACCUUCUUCCCGACCGACGCCACCCUCGUUGCCAACAGCGGCCAGAGCGACGCCCUGAACCCCAACAUCAUCACCAACUUCAUCUGCGACCAGCUGACCAACGUCUGCGGCGCCAACGACGCCGCCAAGUCCCAGUGUGCUGAUGCCCAGGCUACGGUUCAGGGCCUGGGCACCAAGGACCAGAGCACUGCUGAUGCAUUCAACUCUGCCCUGGGCUUCUAA